UAUAGUUGCAACAGUCGGACGUGUCACAAUUAGAACGCAAAAGCAAAACAGCGGCAUUUAUUUACAACAAAAGCAAGCGUGGUUUUUCUUCAAUAGCCUAUAAAAAAACUAAGAGAAAAUGGCUGACGAGCAACCGAAUCUUGUGGCUGGCCACCCACCUGCAACGAAGGCGGGCGGCAUGAGAAUUGUGCAGCAUAAGGCGCCUACAGCCGAGCGUGCGCCCAAGGAUGCCGAGGAUUGCACUGGACUUACACAACCCGUUGCCGUGAACUCCGGCUCGGUGAGCGGUGCUCCCGUUAAGGGCAACACGGACUUUACGCCCGCCUCCGCCCAGGUGGCCCAUUCGCACAAACCGCCGGCUGCUGUGCAGCAGAAGCCCCUCAACCACAUCCAGCAGCCACGCAAGUGAUGCGACUGGUUAAUACCUUAACCCAAAACCUUGAUCUUUUGCUGAAAUAUUCUCCUCAACUUUCUUAACGGUAUUUGAUUUAUAUAUAUACUUUAUAUACUUCAUUUUGCGACUGCAUUCCAUAAAUGAAUUUUGCUGAUUUUUUCAAGUU